AUGGCAACACAACGAUAUGAAUUUCAAGUUGAGGAAAUUCUUCGCCGAAACCGUUCUUUUCAAAUCGUUGAAGCUAAAUAUCAAUACCAAGAAUGUAACGGUAACGAUGAAGAACGUGUUUAUGGUGCAAAGGUAUCACGUCAAGCUUAUGAAGAAUUAGCAGCUAAAAUCUCAAAACCAACAUUGCCAUUUGAUAAAUUUAUCAAAGUAUUAAGACCACUCAUGAUGGGUGCAUAUGCAGCUGCUGAUAUACCUGGUGCAUUUUAUCUCUUAGAUAGGAAUAAUACAGGUACAGUUGAUAUUAGUGAAAUUGCUGCUUUUAUUCCUAUUAUUGUGACUGGUGCAAGUCCACACAUGCUUCUUGAUAUUAUUCAAAAAGUAAAUCAAAAUCUCUUAAUAUCAUUCUGGUCAUUAAAUAAACGUAUUAAUAAUCUUAUUUGUUCAAUAUUUGAAAUAAAUAAAAAUGGAAUUAUUUUCAAUAAACCAGGUUUAUCUUAUAAAAAGUUUUCUAAAAUACUAUUACCAUUAAUAUUUAAUUCCUUUUCUCUUUGUUCUUCUAUUAAAUAUAUUCAUUUUGAUGGGCUAAAUUCAAUUUAUUUGAAUUUAAUUUAUCAAGAUAUUUUUCCUCAUAAUGAUAAAUCAAUUUGUUGUUUUCCUAAUCUUAAAUCACUUUAUAUAAGUCGAUGUUUAUUAUCUCAAUCAUUAAUUCAAACAUUAUCUUUUCUUAUUCAAUAUCAAUUAAAUCAACUUACAUUAACAUUUGAUGAAGAUAUAUACGAAACAUUUGGUUAUGGACGCAAAUUUUCAUCAAUCCUUUCUGAUCGAGGUAAUUAA